AUGCAGGUACUGGAACUCAUUCUUCAAAAACAAAACGAUUUCGAGGCGCGGAUGGACAGAUUAGAGGAAAGGAUACCGGAAAAGCACGAAGUGAUGGCUCAACACAAGGUGAUGCGCGAGUCCAAAGUCUUGAUUAAAAGGGUUCACAAGCUAGUGUGUCGCAUAAGUGGCGAGGCUGAAAACGACAUGCACACCGAGUUCGCUUCUUUGAUGCCCUUCACCACAAUUGAAUCAAUUUUUGAUAUGGAGGAAAAGUUGAAAGCAGCAGAAUAUGAAGAAGCUAUGGUACGACUAACAUUUUAA